UCGACUAGACUUUUCAUUUGAGAUCUCAAAAUUCACCAUAGAAAGUUAUAUACACAGCUCCAAGAGUGAGUACCAAGUUAAGACUCAAAUUUACAAAGCAAAAAAUUGAAGUGGACUUCCAUGAUUGGAAUAAUUCUUGGAAUCUUCACGCAAAAGCCGGCGACUUUUGCUGAAAUCUCUGAAUUUAAGUCUUAAGUUCCUACUUCUAAUAUUGACUAGCAGAUAAAGUAAUUCCACUGUCUCUCUUGGAUUCCUGAUAAGUAAAGGGAAGUACUUGUUUCACUCUCUGUAUCAAUUGAGUGAAAAAAUGAAGAGUAUUCUACGCUUUGCAAAGUUAAUAUUUGUGUUGUUGGGUAGUCUGUAUGUUGCUUCAGCUCAUAAUGGGGAGCAGCCUUUAUCAAACAUAGCAAUACAUAGAGCUACUCUUGCACUUCAGGAUUCAGUCACCAUUAAAGCUUAUCCAUUUAUUCUUGGUACCAAGGGUGGUGACACAGAAUGGGUAACGGUGGAUAUUGAGCACCCCAAGCCAUCUCAUGAUGACUGGGUUGGAGUUUUCUCUCCAGCAAAAUUCAAUGGAUCCACAUGUUAUUUUGAAAACGAUCCCAGAGAACAGGCUCCAUAUAUUUGUACAGCACCAAUUAAGUACAACUUUGCAAAUUUCUCCAAUUCUGGUUACGAGAAAACAGGAAAAACUUCACUGAAGUUCCAAUUAAUCAAUCAGCGGGCAGAUUUCUCCUUUGCAUUGUUUACCAGCGGGUUGUCAAAUCCAAAGCUGGUGGCAAUUUCGAAUUCCAUAUCAUUUGCAAAUCCUAAAGCGCCACUUUAUCCACGGCUUGCUUUGGGGAAGUCAUGGAAUGAAAUGACAUUGACCUGGACAAGUGGCUAUGAUAUAGACGAAGCUGUUCCUUUCAUUGAGUGGGGUCGGAAGGGUGAUCCUCAACAUCGCUCACCAGCAGGAACAUUGACAUUUGAUAGAAACACCAUGUGUGGUUCGCCUGCUCGUACAGUUGGUUGGCGUGAUCCAGGGUUCAUACACACUAGCUUCAUGAAGGAUUUGUGGCCAAACAACUUGUACACAUACAAGAUGGGUCACAUAUUAUCAAAUGGUUCCUAUGUUUGGAGUAAGAUGUAUUCCUUUAGAUCAUCCCCAUAUCCGGGACAGAACUCGUUGCAACGGGUUAUAAUUUUUGGAGACAUGGGAAAGGCAGAGCGCGAUGGUUCAAAUGAGUAUAGUAAUUAUCAACCAGGCUCACUCAAUACAACGGACCAACUCAUCAAGGAUCUUAAAAACAUUGACAUAGUUUUUCAUAUAGGAGACAUUACGUAUGCCAAUGGAUAUAUAUCACAAUGGGACCAAUUUACUGCACAAGUGGAACCUAUUGCAUCAACCGUACCCUAUAUGAUUGCAAGUGGUAAUCAUGAGCGUGAUUGUNACACACACACAACACACACACACACACACAAAGAAAAGAAAGAAUCAGGUUCUGCUGUGACAAACUGCAGGUAUUCAACAGAUUAUGGCAUGUUUCACUUUUGCAUAGCAGACAGCGAGCAUGAUUGGAGAGAGGGAUCUGAGCAAUAUAAAUUUAUUGAACAUUGUCUUGCAUCAGUAGACAGACAGAAGCAGCCUUGGCUGAUUUUUUCUGCUCAUCGGGUUCUUGGUUACUCUUCUGACAAAUGGUAUGGCAUAGGAGGUUCAUUUGAGGAGCCCAUGGGAAGGGAAAGCUUGCAGAAGCUUUGGCAGAAAUAUAAAGUGGAUAUUGCAUUUUAUGGUCAUGUUCAUAACUAUGAAAGAACUUGUCCUAUUUACCAGAACCAAUGCGUGAACUCGGAAAGAUCACACUAUUCUGGUGUUGUCAAUGGAACAAUCCAUGUUGUUGUAGGUGGCGGAGGGAGCCACUUAUCAGAAUUCAGUCCAGUUAAUACCACUUGGAGUCUUUACAAGGAUUAUGAUUGGGGGUUCGUCAAGCUUACAGCCUUUAAUCAUUCAUCGCUUCUUUUUGAAUAUAAAAAGAGUAGAGAUGGUAAAGUCUAUGAUUCUUUCACCAUCUCAAGGGACUAUAAAGAUGUCUUAGCUUGUGUCCAUGAUGGUUGUGAGCCAACCACUCUUGCUUCUUGAACCGAUCUAAAUGUACACUGGUGAAAUCAUUCAGCUGGAGAAGAUGUCAUUUGGGAGUUCCUUCUCGUUUCUUCUUUCUUCAGGAUGGUCGCCUCACAAUCCAAAUCCAUCCAUUUUCACUCCCCACUUGCUGAAUACAGUUUCCAGCGUUGAUGUGAUGGUUUAACGCGGAUUCGAUCGCGUAUUCGAUCGCGGAUUAGACGCAUCGAAAAGUGGAGGGGGGAGAGGGGCAUCAAAGAGAGUAUCGGAGCUGUUCAUAACGAACAAAUAUUCAUUCCAAAAUAUUCUGUUGUAGAAUAAUAAGCCAAAGUAUUAACCAAGAGAGCUACGGGCAUUUUACCUUCAAGAUUGCAUUCACCCA